GAGCCCAAGUCGAGUAUUGGAAAAGGGCCAUGCUAAACGUGAACUGAACGUGCCUGUCGCGUAUGUGCCACAGGCCCGUACUGGUUGUGCAAGUCUCAGAUCUGAACCUUUCAUGCUUUUACUAGUUUUAAAAUUCACAGAUAUACUCACGUACCAACAUGAAUGACGAGGAAGAAACAUACAAACUUUGGCGAAUCAGAAAGACUCUUAUGCAGUUGUGUCAUGACCGAGGCUACCUGGUGACUCAAGAUGAGUUGGAUCAGACGCUGGAACAAUUCAAAGAUCAAUUUGGAGAUAAACCAAGCGAAGACAGACCCGGAAGAAAGGACCUGACGAUUCUCGUCGCCCACAACGAUGACCCGACAGACCAGAUGUUCGUCUUCUUCCCUGAGGAGCCCAAAGUUGGCAUCAAGACCAUCAAGGCGUACUGCCAGAGGAUGCAGGACGAGAACAUCAGUCGGGCCAUCAUCGUCGUCCAGCAGGGAAUGACGCCGUCUGCCAAACAGUCCCUGAGUGACAUGGCACAGUGCAAGUACGUCCUGGAGCAAUUCCUGGAAGCUGAACUGCUCAUCAACAUUACAGAACACGAGUUUGUGCCUGAGCAUGUUGUCAUGACAACAGAAGAGAAGGCGGAAUUACUGGCAAGAUACAAGCUGAAAGAGCACCAGUUACCCAGAAUUCAACAAGGAGACCCCGUAGCUAGAUAUUUUGGACUUAAGCGUGGACAGGUCGUGAAAAUCAUCAGGCCCAGCGAGACUGCUGGAAGAUACAUCUCAUAUCGUCUUGUCCAGUGAGAUCCGAGACACUAGCAAAGUCUUGGUCAUCUUACCGGCACCUGCUACUCUGUGCAAACCGGCCACGUCAAGAACUAGAGAAGAGUUGCCCCUACCCACAGUAGACAGGUCGCACGACAGGACGUUCGCAUGGGUGACUUUUGUCUGAAUUGGAGGAAGAUGGUUAUCCGGAGCAAAGAGAGCAUUUGUCUUUGUUGCCAUCAAGCCCACAGUUAGGAAGCUUCACUCCUCUCUGCCCCUAACUUCCAUGGUUAUCUGAUGAAGUCUUUCAGUGAAUCAUGAUCAAGUUAUAUCUUUGGUGACUUCAGUUCUUUGUCUUCUCGAAGUAUUCAGAGUCUCUUUGUGCAACUGUCAGAACAAGAGUCCCUCAUUAAACGAGAAGCCCUUCCACAAAUUUGAAACUGUCUAAGAUUGCCAUUUUUCGUUCUUCUACUUGUCGCAUGAUGGAUCUCAAAAUACAACCCAGUAUUUAAUGUUCUGCAGGGUUUUUCAUGUUUUUUUUGUUUUCCCCACUCUGAGAAGCAUUCGCAUCAGAUUUGGCAAGUUGAUAACUUUACCUGGAUACACUCUGAAUUUAUCCAUUGCUUACGAGUUUUCUGAAGGGCAAAUCAUUUGUAAAUAAAUGCCAUUUUGACAGUA